UAUCAAGCGUGUUCUUCAAUACCAACCGCGGACUGCUCAUGUACCAGCAGCGUUGGUCACAACAAAGACGAACUCUACCGCAAACUAUCAUCUGGGUCCAAAUCUUCAGUUGUGGUGGAACAAAAAGAAUAUUGUGCCUGGUACUACACGAUUUACCUCCAAAACUUUUAUAUGCCGCAAAAUGUUGAUGCAUCUGGAAAGUCAAAGUUCACUCCUUCGACCUCCGACCAUGGAUUACGAGUUUGAAUAGUUAGUUGACGCUGCAAAAAAUUGAUCUGCAGCAAUAGCUGUACCUUAUACAACGAACGGGGGACGUAAGCGCGCUUGUUUUCUAGGGAUAUCUAUCAAUAUUUUCCUCAGUGACGGUCGCGUAAGUACCUUUCUCUAGCGCCAAGAAGAGUAAGAAAUUUAGUCACAGAUGAAAACUUGUCUUUUCUAGGUCUACGUCGGUGUUUUGAUGAAGAUAGAUUCACUGUCACUCGUCUCGGUGCACUGCAAAUCGUUGAUGUUGUGGAACAUUCAGGACCUCAAUAACCUACAAAACUUGAACGCAAUAAUGCACGCCCGCGCAGGCCUCGCAGAAUCAAGUGUUAUGUAAGUAUAUCAUAUGAACAUCAACAUCAUCUUCAAGUAGGAUUGUGAUUUUCAACUUUUACUCACUUGGGUUUCCGCAAAUAGCACCCGUUGAUCAAGAAUACCGGGAAGAAACCCACUAUGUUCAACCGCGGCCCCGGCGGCGGGGGCGACCCCGGAGGCGGGGGUUUCUUCGCGAACUUUUUUGGAAAUGCGAUGCACAAUCCGAACGCCCGCUUCGAUGUGCAGUACCGCUGCUACCCGGUCAGCUUUGCCGGAAGGGAGGACCUGGAGUCGGGAAACAAGAUAAUACUGCCGAGCUCAGCACUGGACAACCUGGCCCGUCUCAACAUCAGCUACCCGAUGCUGUUUGAGGUAUUAUACUAGAUGAUUGGAAAAAAUUGAUUCUGGUCGCCCGCUCCUCCUCAUCAAUCCUCCCGGAUAGAGUUUUAUGUCGCAAUUUUGAUGUUUUUGUUGUGUCACAAUCUCUGUAAAACCGCUUAGAGAUGAUCCAAAUAGAACUCCUUUGAAAUGCAACAUCCACAGGCUUCCAACGGUAACACGCACCGCACCCACUGCGGCGUGCAGGAAUUUGUCGCUGAGGAGGGAACGUGUUACCUUCCUUAUUGGAUGAUGCAGAAUCUGUUGUUGUCCGAUAUAACCCUCUCAGGUGUUACAAUGUCAAACGUUACAAUAGAAUAUGGAAAUCUGUGAUGCAAGAGUGCAUGAUCUAGCCAUGCCAACUCUUAUAGGAUUGCGCAUGACAAGCUCCGGAGCCCCAAACCCCACUACAAUCUGGCGAAAUUUGUAUUGCAGAAAGUGGAACGCUCUGCGAGUCUGUCAUGCUCAUCAUGCAAGACAAAUCGCAGACUCUAUUGCAACGUUUGAGAUUGUAACGGUUGAGCAAGUCAUAUCCGAGGGGGACUUGAUAAGGAUCAUGAACACCUCCCUGCCAAAGGGAAAAUUCGUCAAACUCCGGCCAGUAACCAGCGAUUUUUUGUCGAUUCACAAUCCAAAAACCGUCCUGGAGAACAGCCUGCGAGGAUUCGCGACCUUGACAGUCGGCGAUUGUAUACAUACAGUUUUGAUUUGAGUUUGUGCUUUUUCGAUUUCGGUCUAACCGUGUUGCAUCUAUUGCUCUGCAAGCCUCUUCCUUUUUGUGGCUGUGCAGGUUAUAUCUCACCUGCUGCGAGCAACUGUCUUUGUGCCCAGCAUUAUAUAUUAGCCCAAAAUCGUUGUAAAAAAAAUCGAUUGCACGGUGACGAAAUUCAGACCUGUCGCUUUGACUCAGGUAUCAGCAUUACAUACAACAAGAAGCGGUAUGAAAUCGAGAUAAUGGAGUGCAAGCCCGCCAACGCGAUCUGUGUGAUCGAAACGGACGUGAACGUGGACUUCGCGCCACCAAAGGACUACGUGGAGCCGCAAGUACCACCGUCCUUGCCGCUAGGCGGAGGAGCGACAGGUAGUGGUCCUUUGCGUCUGCACUUGCUCCUGCUGAUAGAACAGUCGCAUUUUUCGAGCAUAAUUGCAGCAAUCGAAACACCACCUAGUAGAUUGAUAGUAGUGAUGUAUGUGUAUGAAGCUUUAUAGACCACGUAUAUCAAAUGAACAUGAAAUCAAAUGAAUCUAGUACCUCCUGCUAUUGAACUUUCAUCAGGUAGCACCGACCUGAAUCAGUUCUCUUCCCCCGACAAAACGUUCGGAAACUCCAACAUGGAACCCAGUCCGCGCGACUCGGACAUGAUGGACGCGGCCAGCAGCAUCGCCUCCACGAACAACUCCCGUGUGUUCGGCGGCGCCGGCCAGCGGCUGGACGGGAAGCCGGCACGGUUAGACCAGCUCCGCGACAACGCGAUGGUUUCGCCCCGGGACUUGGACUCCAGCAUGAUGUCCGACGCGAGCGACGACACGCCCUGGAUAUCGAAAAGAAUACCGGGCGGGGUGCGGGAGGAGCCUCCGUACGGGUACAACACGGGGAACAUGAUGAGCAAAGAGGGUUACGAAAAACCAGCCGCCGGCGGGAACAAGAAGCAAAAGUAUCCAAGUGAGAAGUGCCCCUACAACCCUAGAAGGGAAGCGUGUAGUUUCUGUAGUACAAAAGGAGGUUCCUUUAUAGAGUCUGUCAUUUGCUGCGGCCUUGGAUGUAGUACAUGUAUCAGCUUCAGCAUCAGGAAUUUUCCAUGCAUGGUAGUGAAUUCAUCGCGUUCGCAGGAAAGCAGCACAGUCACAGUGAAGCCGAUCUGCUCAUGCGACGCAAUCGUUGGUGGAAACUUUCACUUUUGUGGGCGGGGCGCUUUUCAGUAUGAUAAACAAGUUGAAAUGACCAUGGUGUUCGAAGGGGAAGGACAUUCGUUGGAGUAGUCCACCAGCACCAGAGCAAUGUGUUGUUACCCAAGGACGAAUAAUUCAGAUGUCCCCUCAUCAACCGUAACUCGUCUUCCUUCUCGCAGUCUCUCAACUACCGGCGACAUUUUUUCAAAAAGCACGAGCACCGGCACCGGCACUGUAUUCCUUCACAGCUGUGGCCCGUUCAGUUCAUGGCUUCUGCGCUGAAACGAGGAAUCGUGCGUCCUCCACGACAAGGACUAACUUGCUACACUUUUUUCCAGGGACCUCCCUAUCGAGAUGCUGCCCAUCGAUCGCGGUGGUACUGACCAUAGCGUGCGCAGCAGAGAAGCGAGGACCUGUUACCUCGUUCUGGCUCUUGUGAAGGAAUCUCAUAUUUUCCGAGGGCGAGCACAUUGUUAUAGACACCUUACAUCAACUUGAUCCCCGAAGAACACUUGCGAGUGGUUGUCUACCUGCUUAUUUUCAGACGCGACGAGUACUCGUACUGCAAGGAGUAGAUUUUACACUCCUGCUACCCAGAUCGCAC